CUCACAGAACGCUUUCCGCAGCGAACAGUUGAGUUACGUAGUCGCUGCGGGAUCGAUCCAUUGCUUCCGUGCUGCCGGGCUCGUUGGUGAAAAUCUUUGGCUUUUAAAAUUCAAUUGUUUCCUGCAACACAGAAUGGAUACUGCAAGAAAUUUAAAACUUUCUUUACGUAGCAAUGCAUUAAAAACAUUACAUUGAAGAAAACAGUGCAAGAAACAGUUAAGUGAUCGAUGCUGGAAGCGCCAGUGAAUUGUUCUGUGAUUAGUUAUUCUCUUCAAAUAUAUUUCAAACUCAAGUUAGUACGUCUUCCAAAGUGAGCAGCGUUUGGUGUUCAUCUCUCUGUUCAAUUGUAAACUUAUCAAGAGUGGAGGGAAGAUCAAACUAUUCAGCGGUAGCAAUAAGAAGUAGACUGUUCGGAAAAGGGCCUACCUCGAGGACGGCCAGCUAUCAGCCUCUGCAUCUCUAAGUCUUCCGUUAAUCAGUAUGGCUGAGCCCGGUGGCUGCCAUGGCCGUGUCUCCGGCGCCGCCGCCGGGCCGCGCCGGCGCGCAGAGCCCGCCGCAUCCGCAGCCGCAGCCUCCGCCCCAGCGCCGGUGGCCGGCGGGCCGAGCCGGCGCAGCGCCGGCGCGCGCGGGCAGUAGCAGCCGCCUGCUGGCGUCGCGACGCGCCCCCGGCGGCCGGCCGGCCGGCUACGGCGCCGCCAUCGCCAUGCCGAGCAGCCUGCGCUCGCUGGUGAGCGGCCGGCGCGCCGCCACCGCCGGCUCGUCGGCCAGCCUCUACACCGAGUCGACGAGCGGCUCGUCGCCGCGCCUGUCGGCCAUGCGCAAGUGCGAGACGGUGCUGGCGCUCGCCGAGGCGCCCGCGCUGCGCCCCGUCAACCGGCUGCGCGUGCCGCCGCCCGCCGGCGGAGGCGGGCUGUGCUCUCGCUGCUCAUCCCUGCUCUCGCUCGCCUCGUCGUCGAGGUACUCGCUCAACACGGCUACGGCCAGCUUCGUGCCGCAGCCGCCGGCGCCCGCGCCCGCCCUGCUCUGCAAGCUCUGCCUGCAGGAAGUCCCGCCGCGACACGUCGUCCAGCUCGCAGACUGCGCCUGCGAGUACUGUAUCGAGUGUAUGAAGGCGUACCUGGAGUUCGAAAUCCAAGAAGGCGCUUACGAGAUCUCUUGUCCCGACGCCCAAUGUGAGAAGCAGGGCGUGAUCUCAAUAUCUGAAAUGGAGACUCUAGUCACAGCAGAUUUGAUAGAGAAGCACAAGAAGUUCCGCCUAAACAGAGAGGUGGACCUGGACGUGGCACGCACGUGGUGUCCCCGUGCUGGUUGUGAGACAGUUUGCUCGGUAUGCCCCACGGAGAAGUGCAGGCCACAAUGCGUUCACUGUCCCACUUGUGCAGAUGACUUCUGUUCCAACUGCCGUCGCCCGUGGCAUCCAGGUGUGCCGUGCGAGCAGGCAGCUCCUGCCUCCGAGCCACCAGGCAUACCAUUCGACUCUGACCUCAUCAAGUGCUGCCCCAUGUGCAAUGUACCCAUAGAGAAGGAUGAAGGGUGUGCACAGAUGAUGUGCAAGCGCUGCAAGCAUGUUUUCUGUUGGUACUGCCUCGCUUCACUUGAUGAUGACUUCCUUCUACGGCACUACGAUAAAGGACCUUGCAAGAACAAACUAGGCCAUUCACGGGCCUCUGUCAUCUGGCACCGGACCCAGGUGAUUGGAAUAUUUGCUGGCUUUGGAAUCCUGUUGCUUGUGGCUUCACCAUUGCUGCUGCUGGCUGCACCGUGUAUUGUGUGCUGCAAAUGUCGCAUCUGCAGUGGUGGCAGUAAGCUUGACAGUGAAGAUGAGUUGCCUGAUGAAUCUGCAUCUUGAGCAACUAGCAUAUUGACUCUUUUAAAGAAGUGCUGAUUCUUUAGUGUUGUGACAGGAUAAAAUGCCAGUGAGUGUAUCCUCAAGCACUUAGUGAAGGACUGACUGUUUUUCAACUGAAAAUGUGCAUUAGGGAUAAUUCCCUGCUGUCGUGAGGACUGAAUUAGUGCCAGCUUUUGUGGGUGACUGAACUAAUGCAUACUAUUUUGUAAAUGGAAAAAAUCACUAUAAUGUUCAUCUUUUUCUUGGAGUUAUUUGGUAUUUGUAAGGAUAUCCAUCUGUGUUGAUGGUCACUGAAGUUAAUAAAGAGUUACUAUCACUUUUUUGCUUCAUUAAUGAAGUAUGGGUGAUUGUUACAUUCAAUUAUAUUUCACUGUUUAUUUUCAGGAUUUUUAUAGCAUAUCAUCAAGAGGGUUAUAGAAGCUGUCACUUUGAGAUGUGCCUAUGAAAAUAAAUAAAGACAGAACAGACUGAUACCCAUUUUUCAGUUCUCAUUUAUGAUUAUCAUCCUUGAGGAAGAGAUUGCAAGAGACAAGUUGUAUGGUUUAGGUGAUAUGUUCCUCUUAACUGUUUGUUUCCUCCAAAAUCACUUUAUACACAUCUACUCACUACAACCAUUAACACACAAUUACGUGACAGGGACACAGGCAAUUAAUAGAGGCUCUAGCGUAAAGAGUAGUAUUAAUGCAGUGAAUACUAAUUUGCAAUGCCUUGCAGUUCUUCUGUCCAAGACAUUCUUUUUAUGCAGUGAACCAACAAGUGUAUUAACUUGCUGAAAAAAGUUAAUUCAAAAUAAUUUUCUUUGUUAUGCAAAUAAAAGAAGAAAUCGUACAAUGGCUGGCGCAUUUGAUGGUACAGUUUUUAUUUUCCCUUGCAAGUCAUUACAUUUCAGUUUCUAUAAACAAGUUAAAUUUUAGUGUACUUUGCAUAAUUGUCAUAUAAUUUGUCGUGCUCAUCAGAUUACAUUAAGGGGGUGGGGGGGGGGGGCCUUAUCCCAUAGGCAGAGACCCAGCUAUGCUCCAUUGCCUUUUGAACUGAGGACUGGUAUUUAUACCAUAAAAAAUUGAUAUGGUUUCUAUGGCGUAGGCUAAAGUGAAAAGUACAAAGUAGGCCACAAUGUAAAUGAAGUAUUCGGCACUUUUGCCCGAGACAAUUUUUCUGUAUGUCAAACAUUGAUUUGUUAUAUUAUCUUGGUAUAAUCAUUUUUCAUUUAUUGGAAAAUUAUUAUAAAAUUUAAGGAGUGGUGUUUUCUUAACCAGCUCUCUUUGGAAGUAGCUGUCUUGCAUGCCAGUUUCAAAUAAUAAAAAUUGGUACUUAACAUUUGUACUUAAUUAUCCUCGGACAUUUCACAGUUCCUUACUUUUUAAGCAGAUUAAAAACUGAAACAGUUGUUUCAUUUGAAUCCUUCAUGAAAUAACAACACACUGGUAUCCAUAGUUACCAAACAUAUGAUUUGGGAUUAUAUCUUAUACAAAGGUAUAUCAGAGCAACAAUGUGUGCAUAUUAACAACUAGUGCCACAUUUAGCACAUUUAUUACUUUUUGUGUCACCUUCAUUAACAGUUUAAAAAUAAGAACUUAAGUACUGGAAUGGCUUUGCAGAACUGUAAUACUAAGCCACAGUUUUGAGGGAGCUGUAUAAUGAUUUUAAUAAUAUAUCCAAAAAGAGGUAAAAUAUUGUAGUGAUUAGGCAGUAUGAACAACCAAGAAGUUAUUGUAUUAAUAAUACUGAAAAGAUCUUUUUUCACAACUGUUUUCUUUCAUGCAUUGUAAUUUAUUGUAAGAAAGUUUGUGCUGUGAGAAGUUUUGAUUCUGUACACGAGUUAUAUGUUCAUUUAUUUGAAAAUAUGGUGGUGUUAUGAGACUGAUAAAGAAAUAUUUGUGAGAAUAUGUAAUUUGUUUCAGUUAUUGUAUCAUUCUGUUACAUUAAAAAAUAAGUUUAUCCAUUA